CUUCUCUCCUACCAUACCUUCUUCCGUCCACGAUCCCUCUCAAGAUGCAACGACGCAGAGCAGCACUUUUCGGCGCUACUUCCCGAAUCGGCCCGGCCAUCGUCUCUGCUUUCAGCGAGGACACUUCGGCCGAUGCAUGGCAUCUGUAUCUGAUUAUCAGACCGUCGUCCAAAGCACCAAAACUUCCUGAAAAUUCACGCAACAUUUCUGUACACACCCUUCCGGCCGAUGAAUCCUCAACCCAGGAAUUGGCCGAUGUCUUUGAAAAGUUGGACUGCUCGGUCGUUAUCUCCUCCCUCAAUGCCGGUCUUGCAGACCUGCACAAGAGCAUUGCAGAAGCUUGCGUAGCCGCUGGCGUCUCUCGCUUCAUCCCGGCUGAUUAUGGCUCAAUCAGGUCAGAUGACCCAUGGGCGCUGGAUCUCAUGGUCAACUUCCGCAACAAGGCAUUUGUACGGUGGCGUUGUCAACGACUUGCCGACCAGCAUCCAUCUUUCUCGUGGACUAGCCUGGCGACGGGUCAUUUCUUCGACUACGGACUUCACACCGAGUUGCUUGGAUACGAUUUGAAAAAAGGCACUGCCCAGAUAUUCGACGGUGGAGAUUUGCCCUUCAGCGCCAGUACGACCGCUCAGAUAGGUCGAGCCGUGGUCAAGGUCUUGUCGCAUGAGAAGGAGACAGCAAACAAGAUGUUGCUCAUUCAAAGUUUCUGUGUGACCCAGAAUGAAGUCGCUGCCGAGAUCGAGAGAGCUACCGGAAAACCCUUGCAGCGCAUCCAGGUGGAUGGGAAUACAUAUCUGUUAGAGAAUGCGGCUAAGGCGGAGAAGGGCGAUGCAGCGGCGCUUGAAGAGGCCGUAGCAGUAUGUGGCAUAUUGCGCUCCAAUUGGCAGGGCAGGCCAGAAUAUGGUAAUACCUUGCUGGAGCUGGACGAGGAGGACAUGCGCGAGGUCGUCCGUAAGGAGAUCGGAAGUACCUAGACGGAACGCCACGUGAUUCUGCCCAAUGCUAUUUUAAGCCCUCCUACUAUUCGAGGGGAUCUCGUUUAUUUCAUGCCAGUUCGUUCCGACCUCUU